AUGCGCGAAUCGAAGAUAAGUUGGCGAGCGAGAGUGAAAUUUGUGUCAUUGAUUAGAGCCCAGUGCGGAUGCAAGAACGAAUCGAACGCUGAAAACAAAGAGACAGUUGAACAAGAAAAAAUGGAAAUUGAACCAGUCAUGGUUCCAUCUGAUCCGUCGGAAUGGGACUCGAAUCACAUAGAGUCAUGGGUUUCGUGGUGCAGCCGGGUGUUUUCCAUACAACCAACGCCGAACGACGUUAAAUUUCCUUCGACCGGUAAAGAACUGCUGAAACUGUCUUCGGAUUACUGGCAAAGUAUUCCUGGUGGCAAAAUUUUCGCGCGUCACCUUGGAUACCUUCAGUUCCAGUCGACCGGUGUUCAACCUCCGGAUUUAUUGCAGGAAGAGAAAAUCGACGAGAGGUUCAGCCUCCUACAACGGACUUGCUCGCUGAUUGGAUCGACAGCUGGAGCCAGCGGUUCCGGGGCGGUCGGGGGCGGACAGGUUCAACUCUGGCAAUUCCUGCUGGAGCUGCUCUCGGAUUCGUCGAAUUCGUCCUGCAUCGCAUGGGAGGGCUCGAACGGGGAGUUCAAGCUUACCGAUCCCGACGAGGUCGCGCGCCGAUGGGGCGAACGGAAGAGCAAACCGAACAUGAACUACGACAAACUGUCGCGAGCGCUCAGGUAUUAUUACGACAAGAACAUCAUGACGAAAGUGCACGGGAAACGCUAUGCUUACAAAUUCGAUUUCCAUGGACUGAUGAUGGCUUGUCAAGCCCAAGCUGGCGUUACAUUGGAAACGUCACCGUCGACCCGAGGUACGGGCGCGAAUUGCCACCCUCACCAUUCGCAUCACACUCAUCACCUAUAUCCGACAGGACCACCGGGUUCUCAACAUCCAUCGGUGUCUGUACCUCCGCCAGCACCACCGCCGCCGCCACCUCCACCACCUCCCCCACAUUACUGUUGGCCUUAUCAUCGAUACUCUCCACCUACGUAA